AUGAAUCUGACAAUGCAAAAGAGUACGGAUACGUCAUUUUAUGGGUAUAGAAUGCUGAAUAUGUUUAUUCUUAGUCAUUUCCUAACUAUACGAAGAUGGGAGCCAAAAUUCAAAGCCUUCUCUACACAACUCACUUACUCAGCUAUUUGGGUACGACUACCUGAACUGCCUACAGAGUUCUACGAUUUGGAAAUACUAAGUAGGGUUGGUUCAAAGUUAGGGCGACUAUUAAAGAUAGAUACAUGUACCUCAUCUACUACACGAGGAAGGUAUGCACGCAUAUGCAUUGAGGUGCCUUUGGAGAAGCCUUUAAAAACGCAUCUCUAUUUAGGGAACCAUAGACAGUCUCUUCUCUAUGAAGGACUAAAUCUUCUAUGUACCUACUGUGGAAGAUUUGGGCACCCUACUACCAGUUGCUCUGAAGUUGUCCAUGCUCCCAAUGAACAAAACAAAAAAAUACAACACCUGGAAACUAAUAUCACCCCUGAUGCUAUACCUGUUAAGGAAAAUGAAUGGAAAACAGUGACCUUCACUAAGAAAAGUAUAUACCCACCCAAACAUCCCAACUUUGACAAGGGGAAGGCGGCUACAAUGGCGGCGCCACCAGCAGCACAGCCCUUUGCAGGUCAGUUCUGUAACCCUACCUCAGAUGUACUGGGCCGGGUCACUUCUGCAAGGCCAGUUACACUGCAAAGGCCCGUUAUGGAAUUUAACAACAAAUUCCAAUCACUUUCGAAUGUUGGGCCUUCAGACUUAUAG